AUGGCCGAUAGUGCACAGUCAUUUUGCAUGUUGCGCCUUAGCUGGUCCUUGUCCUUUGACAUUAUUACAAGUUUUAUUUUCGGACUUGACGCUGGAACUAAUCUAUUAGACGACCUUUCACAAAUUGAUACAAUUGCUUCCUUCUAUGAUGACCGUUACCCUGCAGAAGCGUUUUGGAAAAAGGAAGCUCCCUGGGUGUCCAAUGUGUUAACAAAGUGCGGUUGGUCGCCGCUCGGGAGGAAUAAGAGAUACCAGCUGGCCAGAGAAUACCUCGAGGCGUGGACACUGCGCAUGUGCUCCGCGGCAAACACCACCCUGGACCGUGCCCAGCCGCCUUUACCAGAAUCUGGGGCUUACCCUGUUGUCUACGCGCAGAUAAAGAAAUGCGUAGAUGACGAAUAUCCAAUUCUUGACUCGGAGUCCAAGAUGAAAAUGAUUGCCAGCGAAUUAUUCGACCACCUAUCAAGUGCCCACGAGGUCGUCGGCCUCAUGCUGGCAUAUACCCUGCGCUUCAUAGGUGAGAACCAAACGGCUCAAAGAAAGCUGCGCGAAGAAGUGCGAAGGCUUAGAUCAAAGGAUCUAUCGGCGCUUCCUUCCGCUGCCACCUUGGGUGAGCUGCACUACCUCAGCGCGGUCAUCAGCGAGUCGUUCCGAAUGCGGCCCAACGGUACGCCUUUGCCUCGCAUCACUCCCCAUGACCGCACCGUUCGUCUUGGGGAGUUUAACCACAUCCCCGGCGGCGUCCGCGUGAAUACGUAUCAAUGGUUUCUGCACCGAGACCCGUGCAUUUGGUCGGAUGCCGACAAGUGGGUUCCUGAGCGAUGGCUGAACCACGAUGGGCAGUUCGAGGCAAAGUCGUCACACGAGCCGGACAGGGUCCUGUGGCCGUUCUGUUCUGGCCCCCGGAUGUGCUUGGGCAAUCACUUGACCGAUUAUAGUACGUUUCGCCGUGGAGCCAAUCUUCUUUGA